CUUUCUAGAUGAAAAAAGCAUUUAAUUUAAGAGUUAGCCCACUUAAAAUAUUUUUUGUCUGCAAGCGAUAUGAAUCUUGUGUUUUUAGCCCAAUUAAACAGUAUGGUAUCCUGUUGGAGAAAGGCAUUCUUAAACCUGAUAAAAAUCAGUUUUUUGUAAUAAACAAACUACAAAUGCUCUAUAAUGAAUUUAAAUCAAGCAAUUUUAAAAAAGUUUCAAGAAGUUCUGGAGAUAAAACUGUAAAGUCAUUCCAAAAAGGUUUGUACUUGUAUGGUGAAGUUGGAACAGGGAAAACCUUAUUGCUUGAUCUUUUUUACAAUUCAAUACCUAUCUCCGAAAAGAAACGGGUUCAUUUUAACAUGUUCAUGUUAAACCUAUAUUCAGAAAUCAAUCAGUGGAAUUUAUGUUAUGGCACAGAUGAAUCACAUUUUGUAACACCCUCACAACAUAUAGCCAAUAAAUUAUUAUCGGAUUGUUGGUUGAUAUGUUUUGAUGAAGUUCAACUAGCUGAUUAUGCAUCAAGCACACUUUUGUCAGGUGUACUUCAGCAUAUGAUAGAUAAUGGAGCUGUUAUUGUUGCAACAUCAAAUCGUGCACCAAAUGAUUUAGGAGAAGCAUCAUUCAGUAACCAGUCCAAUAAAGAUAAAAAUGAACCUUUUGACAUAAAAUCAACUUUUAGAAAUUUAUUUGAACAACACUGUGUUAUUCAUCACAUUGACUCUGUUUGUGAUUACAGAGAUAAAAUGAUACCAGGUGAACAAAGAUUUCUAUAUCCAAAAAGCGAACUGACUGAUUUAGCAUUUGACAAAAUGUUUACUGAACUUAUACCGAAAGGAGAAAAAGUUUAUUCUUUUGUAUUGCAUGUCUAUGGUAGAAAAAUUUAUGUACCUUUGUGCGCUGGAAAUGUUGCUAGAUUUACAUUUAAUGAAUUAUGUUGUCAUCCAUUAGGAUCAGCUGACUAUUUUAAAAUAUGCAGUUCAUUUCAAAGUGUUUUUAUUGAUGAUAUUCCAAAAAUGACUUUGUUUCAUAAAAAUGAAGCAAGAAGAUUUUUAAGCUUUAUAGAUGCAGCUUAUGAGUGUAAUGUAAAAGUCUAUUGCAAUUCUCAAGCUUCUGUUGAUGACAUUUUCCAAAUGCUUCCAAAAUUUUCUGAUGAUACUCAAGAAUUAUCAAAUGUUAACUAUGUUAAUGGCAGUCAAAUGACACUUGAUAUGUUAGAUGAAAUGGCAUAUGAUUUAAAUUUAACUGAUAUGAUUCUUCAUGAGUUUGAUUUUUUAACAGGCCAAGAUGAGAUCUUUUCAUUCAGACGAGCAAUCAGCCGCCUGAAAGAGAUGCAAAGUGCUCUGUAUCAAAAAUCAGCUCAUAGACAGAUGAAUUUUUUACCAUAUUCAGGUUCUCCCUCAGAAUGUAACUCUGCAUAUGAAAAACGCAUUCAGCGUGAAGUUCAACGUCAAAAAAAGCUUCAAGAGAUUGAAGAAAGUAAAAAUUUAGAAAUAGUUACUGAACAUAACUUCAAAGAAAUCGAUUGGGCAGAUGAAGCAAGUUAUAAAACCUUAAGUUGUGAGGUUACGAAAAAAAACUACAUGGAAAGACUUGAAAAAGCACCUAAAUUCAAUGAUUGGCAUUUUUGGGGAUUUGGAUGGUGGGAGAGAUUAGUUAAUAAGAAAAAAAACAAGUGAUGAUUAACUUCCAUUAGUGAAGUUUUAAAAAUGGAACAUUUAAUAAUAAGCUUUUAAAUAGUGUAUAUAAAUUUGAGAAUGUCUAAAACUAUUUUAUCUGUA